AUGGCUGAGACCGCUUCAAUCCCCACUUUCAAGCUCGUUCUCGUCGGUGACGGUGGAACCGGCAAGACGACCUUCGUCAAGCGCCACUUGACUGGUGAAUUCGAAAAGAAGUACAUUGCCACCCUCGGAGUGGAGGUUCACCCUCUCACCUUCUCCACCAACUUCGGCACCAUCUGCUUCAACGUUUGGGAUACCGCUGGGCAGGAGAAGUUCGGUGGAUUGCGAGAUGGCUACUACAUCCAAGGCCAAUGCGGCAUCAUCAUGUUUGAUGUCACAUCCCGGAUCACAUACAAGAACGUGCCCAAUUGGCAUCGUGACCUCGAGCGCGUCUGCGAAAACAUCCCCAUUGUCCUGUGCGGUAACAAGGUUGACGUGAAGGAGCGAAAAGUGAAGACCGGCCAAGUUACUUUCCACCGCAAGAAGAACUUGCAGUACUUCGAGAUUUCGGCGAAGUCGAACUACAACUUCGAGAAACCUUUCCUCUGGCUUGCGCGAAAACUCGUCGGUAACCCAUCUCUCGACUUCGUUGCCGCCCCCGCUCUCGCCCCCGCCGAAGUUGAGGUCGAUGGUGCCCUCAUGGAGCGAUACAAGCAAGAGCUGGCCCAAGCCGAGGCUAUCCCCCUUCCCGAAGAAGACGACGACUUGUAA